AUGCUUAUCGUCGACCCGUUCCUUCGUGUCCCACGUCUCUCACCCUUUCUCUCCCUUCUCCUUCUUUUCACUCUCUCGGUUCCUACUCCCAGUCGAGGCCAAAAUAGCACGGAGUGGUCGCUUGUUCGUCGGAAGCGCCAGUACAUUGAUGGACCGGACCCCUUCCACUCGCUAGGUGGAGUUAAUGAGGAUGGCCAGGCGAGGGCACCGCUGGUGUUGGAGGUGACCCACAACCUCACUCUUGCCAACGGGCCCAGGGGCAGGUGUGGAAUAUGCGCGAGGACAUAUCGGGUGCUAAAGGACCUUCAGUACAAGCCCAGUGUAGAGUGCCAACGGUAUUCGAACAGUCGGCAAGGUGCACUAGGAGAUCUAACGGAAUUUUAUCACACAACCGAAGCCGAUUCAUACGAGGCACCAGAUGAAUCCAAUCGCCUUAUUGGCGCGGCUUCAUCGCCUGGUUUUGCCUUUAGCGCUUGA